UCUUUCUUUCCAUUUUUGAUGACGUUACUUACUGAACAAUUCUUAGCCCUUCUUGUUGGAGCAUCGUGCCACUGUUUGUUCUUUUAGAAAUAACCAUGCCUGCAUCACCAAGUUCUACAAGUGUUGGUGGAGGUCGUUCUCCUAAUGCUAUGUCACCUCGGUCAUCAGGAGGUUCUACAGUAAAGCAAAGGAAAACUGUUUCUGGAGCUGCUGGAGGAGGGCGUACCAGAGGACCUGCUGCUGCAGGAACUGGGGGAAUGUGGAGGUUUUACACUGAUGAUUCACCUGGCAUUAAAGUAGGACCUGUGCCAGUGUUGGUUAUGAGCCUGUUGUUCAUUGCUUCAGUUUUCAUGCUUCACAUCUGGGGCAAGUACACCAGAAGCUAAAAGCUGCCAAAAAAGUAAAAUGCAUGUUCAAAAAGUUAUGACUUGGUGAUUGGGACCAUAUUGAAUAAAGCAGAAUAUUCACAUACCUCCAGUUGUCAGAACAAUUAUAUACACAACUUAUUUACAAAUAAGAGCUCCAUUAUAUCGAGUUUUUUAUAUAUAUUAUGUACAAGUUUUAAUUGGUCUUUUUUUGCUCAGUAAAUCCAUUGUUGUGUGUAAAGAAAACUAAUAAAACUUUUGAAUUUAAACAUCA